AUGGCACAGGCCUCUUCAUGUCUCAGGUUCGUGGGCCGUGGAGACCUUUCAUAGCACGGCGACCUUGUCCAUACAGAGGGUGUCUACGGUUUGUAUGAGCUUCGGUUCAUGCACCGUCUCAAUAUUUUCCUGUCCCACCACGGCCACUCUGGCUGGGUGGGCCUUUCUUUUGGCUCCUUUGGCGUCCUAACCCUAACCCUAGUGCAUUAUCAGAAGAGGAAAGAUCGCCGGUAGUGGGAUCGACUUCAAUCAUUCAUCUCAAGUCUCUCAGGAACUUAACGUGCCAAUCUACUGAACUUUGUUGUUGAAUCAAUGUUAGAUGACGUACCUACACGUGUUCGUUGAAAAUCACAUAAAAGCCUUGACAUAUAGGCGCCAUGUCUCUACUCUGCUUUCAUCUGAACGAUGGAAGCCUUCGACGUCGGUUUCACUCAAUCACCCAUCAAUGCGAACUCACCCCACAUACAUCGGCUACCGGUGGAACUUCUACAGCACAUAUUCUUGCUCAUCGUCAACAUGUCGGACUGUCCUAGCAUUUUCUCGUAUGGAGAUACCACUAUCUCCGCAAAUGUUACCAGACCUCCCCUACUCUUCACUCGUGUGUGCCAUUUUUGGCGAGUUGUUGCACAUUCAACGACAGUGAUCUGGUCGCGCAUCAAGGUCACCCUUUCAGGGCGAGUAGAACCAUUGAAGCCGUUUCUUCCAUCUCUCCUCCAGUCGUGGCUCGCCCACUCUGACAGUCAGCCUCUCACCCUUCACAUCAUAUCCGGAGAGCUACCCGUACGCGUCGCACACUCCUCAGGUGCAGAUUCUCAACUCCUCGAAAUCCUUGUUUCUGAGAGCAAGCGCUGGGAAUCGGUGGCUCUCACGUCAUCCAUGGAAGACUGGAGUCGUGAUGUGUACACACCUCAGUUGAGAGCCUUGCGGUGUCGCUGCGUGGAAUUCAGACCUACCCCCACCUGCAACAAUCUACGCCGUCUCCACCUCCAGAUCGGUUCUGCUCACGUCAUACACGCCAGUUUGACUAUUUUCUCUCACCUGAAAACCAUUACGGUGGACAUGAUUCUAACGAAUGGUCGUACUCCAAGCUAUUGCGAGUCAAUUACGCAUCCUUGCCUUGAAUCGAUCACUCUCCCCCUCUACUCGAAUUCUUAUCAAACACACGAACUUAAAUUGACGCUCAUUGCAGAACCAGGAGAAUGGCAAGUUGCUUGUAUUAUGGAGGCGCUGGCAGGAGCGUCUUGCGACAUACGGGUGAUAGACUUUCAUACGGCCACACCGCUGGGAAAAGUUGACAUGGAUAUUAUUGAGCCGUUGUUUUCGGUUGUGAAGGAGGUCACUAUCGAGGGGCAAGUGCUGCGUCGCUCUGUCAGGUAAUAGUGUCCUUUGCUCGUAAUAUGGUAGGAAAGCGUACACAUGUUACAGUGAUGAACGCGAUAUAUAUACAACAUUAAUAUUACUGUGUU